AUGUCAGUUGGUAUACCUAUCAAAGUUUUACACGAUGCCGAGGGACAUGUCGUUACCCUAGAAACUGUUAGCGGUGAAGUUUUCCGUGGAAAACUUGUUGAGGCGGAAGAUAAUAUGAAUGUUCACAUGUGUGAUCUAAUAAUGACUUCCCGUGACGGUCGUACAUCAAACCUUCAACAGGUAUAUAUUCGAGGCAGUAAAAUUCGAUUCCUUAUCCUUCCUGAUAUGCUGAAAAACUCACCGAUGUUGAAACGUCCACAGGGUGCUAAGGGAUUAGGAACGGGAAGAGGGAAGAAUGCCAUGUUAAGGGCUGGUGUUCGCGGGCGUGGCACUUUUGUUCGUGGACGUGUUGCAACUGUUCGUGGUACUGGAAGAACUACCGGCAGGUUUUGA